AUGUCUACUAUUAAACAACAUCAAAGGUCAGAAAGUGGUAAUGGGAACAUAUCAGGUACAGUGGCCCAAGUGUCUUCAACCACAACAACAACAAACAUAACCACAUCUUCAUCCUCACUUUCUUCUUCAUCUGAUUGGAAGAAAUAUUCUUCAGAUUUAAUGGAACAUCAACCAAGUAGUCAUUAUUCACCACCUCAAUCACCGUUGAGUGUUUCCGAUCCUCUUGGGGGAUACUUUCAAAAUCUUAGAUCACCAGAUACCAAUGUCCGUAAAUCGGCCGUUGAGAAUAUUAUUAGUCUAUUGACCGCACCAGAAAAUGAAAAAUUAUUAAGAACAAACAUCACAAAUAUAGUAGUAUUGGCAACAGAAUCACCAUUUGAAGAAAUUACAGAUGCAUUUUCAACUUUAUUAUCAACUAUACAAGAAAAAUAUCAUAUACCAAAACAAAAAACAACAUCAUUUAUAAAUGAAACACAAUUACCACCAUUAAAUAGUAAUGAUCAAUUAACAAAGAGAUUAUUUCAAGAAGCAUUUUUACAAUCGGGAAGAGUCAACCAUAUCAUACGAUUGUUGGGCUGGCAUCCACAAUAUUUGGAGAGAUUUUUAGCAUCGUACAACAAGGUGAUGCGUGACCAAGGACCACUUCCACUGCCAUGGAGAAACUAUAUAGGGAUUUUGGCAUCGGCAAGAUACAACUGUGGCUAUUUGGUGGCAUUGCUCGAACACGAAUAUCUGCAUAGUGGAGGCGACCCCAAGUGGUUGCAAGGCGUCGAUCACAUCCCACAAAAACUAAAGAACCUCUUAAAGAUUGUAGAGAUGAUGGCACAUCAACCAUGGCUCUUGCCCAACGUCGAUAUCGAAUAUUUGGUCAAGGGACAGGAUGCCUGGUCAAUAGCAGAGCUCGUGCACGCGAUGAUAUUGAUUUGUACAUUUUUAUCGUUGGCAGGUUUUGUCUUUUCGUGCGGUAUCCUGCCCGAAUAUGGACUAGCCUCGACAACAACACUCGACGAGAGAACAUCGUUCUCGCUCAACGAAAGCGACUGCGAAGUGGAGGAUUUGACAGCGUCGGAAAACACCAUCAAGGUGAUGGAGCUGCUCAAAAAGAAAAAGGAAGAGCAAGAGGAAGACGACUUUGAAGACGGCGGGCCCGAGAUUGAUCGUCAACAAGAAUUUCACAAUGCAGGCAACAUUGACGCCGACAAUAGCAGCAGCAGCAGCAGCGGCAGCAGUAGUUUGGCCACCACCUCGUCGUCGACUUAUGGCGGCAUCGUAGACAUGUCUCGCUACAACUGCAACAAUCAGCUGACACACACCGACUUUGAUGUCUCAUCAAAGGAUUAUACCAUCUUUUCCGUUCAAGACUACUCGUGGAAGGAGCACGGCUAUGAAUUGGUCAGUCGUAUCUUUCCCGACGCCGCUCCCCUCCUCGACGAGGAGUUCUCUUUUGUCUAUACAAUGACCUACUACCGUUUCAACAAUAGCACCGACAUUGACACUCUCCCCUUCCGUAGAGCCGUCUGGUACUAUGUACAGCGUGUCAAGGGUAUGUGUCACGACGACUACAACUACCAAGAGGUCAACAUGUUCCUCAGUCGCAAUCUCAAAUACUAUGUCAAAAAGGCUGUCUGCUUCCCAGACAAUAUCUCAAAAAUCGAUUACUCCAAAUUGGGUUAUGAUCUCAAACCAGAUGAAAAAUGUCAUUUAGCUCUCUUGGCUGUAUGUUCUCAUAAACAAGCAGCUCUUCUCUAUGGUCUCUAUACUGUAAUGUCUUAUCAAAAUCGUAGAUAG